UGCGCCCCCAAAAUGACCUAUAUACGCCCCUGGCCGUGCUCGUCCUGAUUGUGCACUUCUCCACGGUGACCACCGCGGGGCGCUGUGGUUUUACUUCCCUUCUGCGGGCCCCCUUAGCUUAUCUUAUCUCGGUCCAAUCAUGUCCCAGCAGCCGGCGUUUGGUGCUCUCCCAAACGGAAGCCGUUGCUGUGGCUGCGGGGCGGGUCGCGGUCGCGGUGCCGUUCAGUCUCACUCGCCGGCGGUAGUCGAGUGUCCUUCACCGGGGGUUUCCGGAAGCUGCUUUGAAGGACUCGGUGGCCACACGGCGGCGUUUGUGUCUCUUUAACGCCCGGCGGGAGGAGGCGCUUGUGUACCCGGGAGAUGUAGCCUGCUUGCCUGCCGCCCCGGCCGUGUGUCUCCAGCAUCCAGCCCACCUCCUUCGCUCCUUCUGGCCGAGGACGACAGCCAGGGCGCUGGGGAUGCCGAUGCUGCCAGCGCCAACCUUGUCUUUCAAAGUCAACCUCGUUUGGGGGGUAACGUCGCACGAGCUAUCCGCUUUUUGAAACCAGCACAACACAGAGAACGCAGGACAUGGACCAAGACAGCCAAACCCAAAGCCAGACGUCAACCGACAACCCGAGUGAAGCAGCGGACACAGUAACAUCUCAAACUACGGCACCACAUCCUUCAGAUCCAACAUGCGAGCCCAUCGCUGUGCCGCCCGCCGCUACCGCCAGGCCUCGGCGGCCCCAGAGAAGCGCCAGAGUAGAAGGUUCCAUAGACGUAUGUGAGCCCAAAACUGAGCCCACGCGAGGAGAUAUCCUGGGCGAAUGCGAUCCCGACGGCGCCGCGGCAAGUCGUGCAAAAGCUGCUUCCAGCCCGCCCGUCAGACCCUCAGGCGACCGGCCCGCUCCCAACAUCAAAGCCGGCCCAAAAGGUCCGGGGCACCACCCCGUCAGGGCGGCCUCGGUGCCCCACCCGCCUGCCAGCAAGGCUGUACCUGCUCACCUGAACCCUCACGCCCAGAGAGCUCUUUCUGUUGCAGGCACAGCCGACACUCAAGCUCAAACUGUCGAAGAUUUCAGGGUGCACAUCAUCACUUGGAACGUGGGUUCGGCCACACCCCCUGAUGACAUCACCUCCUUGCUGGGCUUGAAUAUCGGCGAUGGGAAUACAGACGUGUACAUCAUCGGACUGCAGGAAGUCAACUCUAUGAUUAACAAACGGCUGAAAGAUGUCCUCUUCACGGACCAGUGGAGCGAGGUUUGCAUGGAGAGACUCAGCCCCUUUGGAUACGUGCUGGUGACCUCCCAGAGGAUGCAGGGUGUGCUGCUGCUGGUUUUUGCCAAGUACUACCAUCUGCCCUUCCUCCGUGGAGUCCAGACGGAGACCACCCGCACUGGCCUGGGGGGUUACUGGGGAAACAAAGGUGGCGUCAGCGCCCGCAUGUCAGUGUUCGGUCACACUAUCUGCUUCCUCAACUGCCACCUGCCGGCUCACAUGGAAAACUCAGAUCAGCGCAUGGAGGACUUUGAGAGCAUCCUGCAACAGCAGCAGUUUGAGGGCCAGGCGGCCUCUGGUGUCCUUGACCACGAUGUGGUGUUCUGGCUGGGGGAUCUCAAUUUCCGCAUUGAUGACCUGGAAAUGCAAGUGGUAAAAACAGCCAUUGACAAUAACAAGCUCUCAGUGUUGUGGGAAAAAGAUCAGUUAAACAUGGCAAAGGACAGUGAGACGGUGUUGGAGGGAUUCCAAGAGGGGCCCCUGAAGUUCCCCCCCACUUACAAGUUUGAUGUUGGGACAAACGUAUACGACACAAGCGGAAAGAAGCGCAAACCAGCUUGGACCGACCGGAUCCUCUGGCGCGUGAGAGGCACGGGCCCUGCCGCCGGCACUGGGAAGCGUGGUUCUGUUUCAGGGCUGACCAGCGGCACCAAAGUAACGCAGCACUGCUACAGAAGUCACAUGGAAUACGUAGACAGCGACCACAAACCAGUCUCUUCCAUCUUUACCCUGCAGUUCCCUUACAAGGUGGACGUUCCCCUGGUCAUAGUGUUGGUGGAGGAUGAGUGGAAUAGUAUUGCUGACGCUAUAGCCAAGUUCAAACUGGCACCCAACUAUUGUCGCAGCUCCUGGGACUGGAUCGGACUGUAUAAGGUGGGUUUCAAACACCACAAAGACUAUGUGGGAUACGUGUGGGCCAAACAGGAGGAAGCAGAUUAUCAUAGACAAGAACAUCAGGUAAAAUGGAUGUUUACUGUAAUCUCGUUUAAAGACGGCUUCCUGUCAAAUUCAAUGAAUAUCUCCCAAAUUGUUUUGCAGGUAACCUUUACAGAAGAGGAACUGCCCAAAGGCUCAGGAGAUUUUAUCUUGGGUUACUAUAGCAACAACAUGAGCACCAUUGUGGGUGUAACGGAGCCAUUCCAGAUCCAGCUCCCCACAUCCGGCAAUGACACCAGCUCCUCAGACAGCUCCGACUUCAGCUCCGAGGACGACUGCACCGUCGUCAUCAUGAAGUCCAGGUCCCGCAGUCCCAGUCCUCACAAGGCCAAGCACCACCGCCGUCGCAGCGGCAGCCACAGCCGCUCCGGAAGUCCCUCGCAUGGCAAAAUGAAGGAGCCCGCUGCCACCGACGAAGCUCCAUCCACGCCAGUGUCCAAGGCCGAGUCCGUAAAACGCCCAGCAGAGGGCAGCCAACGGCCCGCGUCUGAAGAGGACAACAAACAGAGCGAGGAGACUGGAGCCUGAUUUUGUCUCAUGGAAAGCAAAAAUGGUGCGUCUUUUAUUAGAUAAUUACCACACUGGAUGUUUGUUUUCAUGAAACAGUGCAGUUUGGGAUGCCAUCCUUUUCAGGAACAACCGUCGAGUUCCUCAAGAGGGUUUACUUUGCCUUAAGUUGUUUUUGUUUUUUUCCAUUCCCAAAUGUUUCACUCUGUCCUGCAUUUUCUCAGUUCUUAGUCCAUCAUUUGCUGUGAUCAGUACAACCAUGCAUAAAUGUAGUUUUUUUUUCAAAUUAUAUAUAUAUCUUUCAAGGGCAUUUUCUCAUCUCAUUGAAGUCAAGGUCAUUUGCUUGGCCUAUGUUUGGGCAGUGAAUGCCUUCAGGUGCAGAUGCAAGAUGACCAUGCUAAGGAUGUGUGAUCUGGCUCAGGUUGCAAGUGUCGUCAUGUGUUGGAUCUAACACAGCAUUGGUACUGUCGCAGCCUAAGUAUUACGAGAAACUACCACUGCCCCAUCGAGCAGACACAUUUGGCAUGAAUGAUCUUUUGUGGCUUGUAGUGAGGCAUUUUAAGCCGCUAGUAUUUUCUUCUGUUUCAAAGCGGUCAUGACAGUCAUACUGUAUCUGCACUGAACACAAAAAGCUAUCAUCCACUGUUCCCUUUGGAAAUGCAUUAUCUUGAGACAUACACAUGAUUGUUUUGGGGAUUUAUGUGCAAAUGGAUGUAGCCGUGCAGCAUUACAACUUGCAGCGACUGUUCCUUUUAGCCACAGGAACAUGGUGCAACCAGCAGGUGACAUCUCAAAUCAUCCCCCAGUGGGAGUAAUAUCUCUUCCUGGAUGGCUAAUCUCAAAUAUAGAAGAAAGUAUUUGUAUGAUGGGCUUUAGGGGGCUCUGCCACGUCAGAAGCGUUUGCACAUGUCGGGGCAGAGCGAAUGUGAGCGUUAAAGGCCUUUAAAUAGACCCCGAAUGAGUCCGGCGAGAUGUGGCGUCCCGUGGGAGGAUCGCUCUCAGCUGACACAGUACAGCUGUCCUGCCAGAGUUCAAUUUUAUUGGCUGCGGGGCAGCUGAUAUCGUCAAACUAAUUACGAUGGCGGCAACCACAGCCGAGAUCUGAACACCCAUCUUUUAAACAAAUAAGCACAAAAAUGAAUCAGCAGAAAACCCUUCUGUUUUAUACCGUUAUCAAUUCCGAACAGUUGCCUGACUUGUGGAAAUGUGAGCAAGCAGCAACUCUACCAUGUAGAGCAGCUACAUGGCUUUGCAUUUGCAUUGUGAACCAUACCUGGCAUACAUUAUGAAAUAUCGCAAUUGCAACAUGACAUUUCAAAUCAAUACUGUACAUGCUUAGUCCAGUUUCAUUUCAAGUCCUGUUCCAUCUCCAGUGACUGUGUUCUCUUUGCUAAGGUUCUUUCCUUCACUGAUCCUGGUGAUUAACUGACAGUACAAUAGUUAUACGACAUUGUUAGAGUGUGACCUCCGAUGACCCAUCUAAGACACUUUGACCCCUUUUGAGCUCUUAGUGUAGGACAGUAUUGUGUAGCUGUUACCUCAGUGUGUAUUUUUAAGAUUCAGUGUGCGCGUGUGUCUGAAUGGUGUUUGAAUACGACUGCGUUUGCAUGAUGUGGACAUACUCUACAUUCCGGUACUGUGAUUGCUGUGCCGUCAAGUGCUGUUUUUGACUCUUUGUCAUUUGUGAAAGUUGUUAGAAAAUUAGAAAAGGUAUGACGGUUCAAAAUGUAUCUUCCGUGUAAGUGUUAGGUGAAGACAACUACAAGGAUAGGUACACCUGCAUAAAUCUGAAGCUCUCGAAUGAUUUCAAAGUGUAACUAUGUAUUUAGUUUUAUUUUAAAAUGGAAAAUACAGUAUAGCCUAAUGGACCUGUGUUUAUACUAAGAUGUUUAAAAAAUGAGGAAAAAAUAUCUGUCAUGAUCAGUGACUUGUGAAAAAAUGUCUGCUGAAUGUCAUUGUUUUCCUAUGUGUCUCAAAUAGAGUAAUAUGUAUCAAAAGAAGGAUUAAAAAUUAAGUAUGAUAUUAAGAUAGCAGACAAUCUAUGCCACAAAGUUUAUUUUCCUUAAAUUAUGCAUUUAUUUUCUUAUCUAGAUGUGUAACUGUGAAAUGAGCCUGAAUUCUGCUGGCCAGUGAGGGAGCAUUGUAUCAUCCAAGACGGUUUUUCUUUUGAUGUUCUAAGCAUGAUUUUUCACGUUGCUUGAAAAAUAAAGUACAAUAAAAUGUU